CCUCUCUCUCCUGUUCUCUCUCGCCUUCUCGCCCUUUCUCCUUCGAUCCCUCUCUCCCUCUCUCUCGUCUCCAAUCCCUAAUCCCUAACCCUAAUUAACCCUAAUUCCCUAUUCCUAACCCUAAUCUCUCUCUCUCUCUCUCCCUUGCUCACCAAUCUCGAUUUCGUGGAGGGGACGCACACUUCGGGAAGGCGAUCCAUGGCCUCGUCGGCGUCGGCGGCGGCGGAGGCGGUGGCGCUACGGAGGGCCGCCGCAGCCGCCGAUUGGUGGGAGGAGUUGAACAACUCGCCUGUGUGGCAGGAUCGGAUCUUCCACGCCCUUGCCGCGCUCUACGGAUUCGUUGGAGUCGUGGCCCUCAUCCAAUUGAUUAGAAUCGAAUGCAGAGUGCCUGAGUAUGGAUGGACAACACAGAAGGUUUUCCAUUUCUUGAAUUUCUUGGUGAAUGGCGUACGUUCGGUUGUCUUUGCUUUACGGCGUAGUGUGCAAAAAAUAAAGCCCGAGAUCUUUCAACAUGUUCUCCUUGAUUUACCCGGCCUUGCAUUUUUCACAACUUAUGCACUCCUAGUUCUCUUCUGGGCUGAAAUAUAUUAUCAGGCGCGUGCAAUAUCCACUGAUGGGCUAAGACCUACUUUCUACACAAUCAAUGGAGUCGUGUAUGCCAUACAGUUAGCUCUUUGGUUGCUUUUGUGGUGGAAGCCUGUUCAAGCUAUGGUAGUCUUGUCAAAGAUAUUCUUUGCAGGUGUCUCGUUGUUUGCAGCCCUUGGGUUCCUACUCUAUGGAGGAAGGCUUUUCUUCAUGUUGCAACGUUUUCCUGUUGAAUCCAAAGGGCGGCGCAAAAAGUUGCAGGAGGUUGGUUAUGUGACCACCAUAUGCUUUUCUUGCUUCUUGGUGAGAUGCAUUAUGAUGUUCUUCAAUGCAUUUGAUAAAGCGGCAGACCUAGAUGUUCUGAACCAUCCGAUUCUCAACUUUUUAUACUACUUGCUGGUUGAAAUUCUCCCCUCAGCUCUAGUUCUUUUCAUCUUGAGGAAGCUACCGCCAAAACGUGGGAUCACACAAUAUCAUCCAAUCCAUUAGAAUUAAUGGACUUCGCUUUCUCUCUUUCUCUCUCUCUCUUUCUCUCUCCAGGACAAAAGAGCAAGGUAAAUACAAAAGCUCAGAAAGCUCGGCGGUCUCAGGUCUAAGGUUUCAAAAGUUUGAUCAACUCGAAAUCUCUACAUUUUGAGCCUUAGAAUAGUGACCAAAUGCCAUCAUUCAAGUCCUGUAUUAUAAUAUUCAGUCCUCGGUGUAAUCCCCAGAAUUAGAAAAACUUAUUUUCGCGUGUAAACCAACAAUCUUCUUUCAAAUUCUGUCUGUGGAGUUCUUCUGAAAUAUAAAAUUAUAUCCAAAAAAAAAAAAAAAAAUCUGUCUAGUUAUAU